AUGACCUGGUUUAAGAAGAAAGACAAGGCGAAGGCCGGGGAGUCGAAGGACGAGGGCAAGGCCACCAGCCGGGGCGCCCAAAACAAGGGGCUGUCGCUCCCGCCGGAUCUGGAUCCCUCGAAUGCCGGCGCGAUCUACUCCUCUGCGCUCCUCAAAGGGCAGUUCGGGCCGCUCACGGCCGCGGAGUACAAGCAGCGGCUCACGACGUCCGGCGGGGUGCGCUCGUGGUACCUCCCCAACGCCGGGUACACCGUCAAGUACGCGUACGUCAGCCAGCGCGGGCUGUACCCGGACAAGCUCGACAAGGCCAACCAGGACGCGCUGUGCGCGCACGUCAACUUCGCUGACGACGGCGACCAGCUUCUCUUCGGGGUCUUCGACGGCCACGGGGAGCACGGGACGCCGUGCGCGCAGUACGCCAUGCAGCGCGUCCCGAUGCUCAUGAAGCAGGACCCGGAGCUGAGCAAGAACCCGCACGUGGCGUUUUUCAACGCGUUCGUGAACGCGAACGAGCAGAUGCACCAGUCCAACAUCGACGACACCAUGUCCGGCACGACGGGCAUCUGCGUGCUCGUCCGCGGGCGCCGCAUCUACGUCGCGAACGUCGGGGACUCGCGCGCGAUCAUCAGCGAGCAGCGCCCCGACGGCACGCACGGCGCGCAGGACCUCUCGUCGGACCAGACGCCCUUUCGGCGCGACGAGAUCGACCGCGUGCGGCAGUGCGGCGCCGUCGUGCUCACGCUCGACCAGCUCGAGGGCAUCAAGGACCCCACGAUCGACACGUGGACCAACGAGUACGAGGACGACGGCGACCCCCCGCGGCUGUGGCUCCCGCACUCGAUGUACCCGGGCACGGCCUUCACGCGGUCCCUCGGCGACGCCAUCGCGGAGCGCAUCGGCGUGUUCGCGGAGCCGGAGGUGCUCAUCAAGAAGCUGACGCCGCGCAACAAGCUGGUGAUCAUCGCCUCGGACGGCGUGUUUGAGUUUUUGCCGUCGCAGUCGGUGAUCGACAUGGCGACCAAGUUCGCCGACCCCGAGGAGGCGGCGCUGUCGAUCGUCGCGGAGUCGUACCGCCUGUGGCUGCAGCACGAGACGCGCACCGACGACAUCACCAUCAUCGUGCUGCAGAUCGAGGGCCUCGUCGACGACGGCGCCGAGGAGGACGACGUGAUCGUGACCAACCAGACCGUGCACGGCGGGGACGCCGCGCUCGGCCUCCUCGAGCCCGCGUUCCCGCCCGUGCUCGGCAGCGCGGGCGAGGAGCUCACCGUCGACGUGCAGGCGCUGCGGUCGAGCCGCACCGAGAGCGAGGUCGACAUGCUCGAGGGGCUCACGCGCGGGAACUUCGUGCUCGCGGCGCUGUCGCCCGAGGAGCGCGAGGCCGUGUACAGCGUCGUGCAGCGGCAGAGGGUCAAGGCGGGCGAGGCGGUGAUCAACCAGGGCGGCAUCGGGGACUGCUUCUACGUGGUCAAGAGCGGGGAGUUCGACGUGUACGUGUCGCCGGCGCCCGGGGAGGAGCCCGAGAAGGUGUACACGUACCUCGUCGACGGCGGCGAGCACCCGUCGUUCGGCGAGCUGGGCCUCCUGUACGGGAAGCCGCGCGCCGCCAUGGUGGUGGCGGCGACGGAGGGGGAGCUGCUGUACCUGCAGCGCGCGGCGUUCAAGGCGGUGCUCGCGUCGCUGGACCUCGGCCCGGUCCUCCAGGCGCUGCGGAAGGUCGACCUGCUGUCGUGCCUGAUGCCGUGCGAGGUGCAGCUGCUGGCCGACCUUAUGCAGAGCCGGACGUUCGAGCCGGGGCAGGCGAUCGUGCGGCAGGGCGAGGUCGGGGACUCGUUCAGCAUCAUCCUGGACGGCGAGGUCGCGGUGACCGUGGCGCGGAACGCGAACGAGGAGCCGAAGCAGGUGCUGACGAUGGGGCGCUUCCAGUACUUCGGCGAGCGCGCGCUGCUGCAGGAGAGCAAGCGCGCGGCGAACGUGAUCGCGGUGAACAGCGUGACGGUGCUCGAGGUGUCGCGCGCGGACGUGGAGGAGCACCUCGGGCCGCUCAAGGCCAUGGCCGAGCAGCACAAGCGGUGGCAGGCGGCGGUGGCGGCGGCGGCGAAGAAGGUCCCGGGGCCGCCGCCGACGCCGCUCACGGCCGAGUCGCUGAGCGCGCACGGGACGCUGUGGGCGUACGGCGACAUGGCGGUGCGGCGGUACGAGCAGCCGGGGACGGGGAGCGCCUACCUGGUGCGCGCGACGGCGAUGCCGGCGGGGUUCGUGCAGGUGCCGGUGCUCAAGGGGCGCGACGCGCACCAGGCGGUGCCCGUCACGGCGCUGGUGCCGCGGGAGGUGGCGGUGCUGAAGACGUCGCGGGCGGUGAUGGAGGUGGUGGACGCGCGGCCGCUGUGCACGCUGCAGCAGCUGGCGCAGCAGCAGCCGCAGCAGCGGUUCGACGAGAAGACGGUGCAGUACGUCGCGGCGUCGCUGGUGACGGCGCUGGAGAGCUGCCACCGGUGCGGGGUGGUGUACCGCGGCCUGUCGACCGACACGGUGGUGGUGUCCGAGGAGGGCGUGGUGCAGCUGUGCGAGUUCCGGCACGCGAAGCGCAUCCACGGGCGCACGUACACGAUGUGCGGCUCGCCGGAGUUCAUGGCGCCGGAGAUGCUGGAGAUGCGCGGGCACACGGAGGCAGUCGACUGGUGGGCGCUGGGCGUGCUGGUCUUCUGCAUGACGGCCGGCACCUCGCCCUUCCUGCACGACACCGAGGACGAGCUCCAGCUGUACUACAACAUCAUCGAGGGCAGCAUGCUCUUCCCCCCGGCCUUCCCCGCCGUCACGCGCACGCUCGUCGAGGGCCUCAUGCAGAUGGACCCCGUGCAGCGGCUCGGCCACGGCAACCUCGGGCACCAGGCGCUCAAGCAGCACAAGUUCUUCGACGGCGUGGACUGGGAGAAGAUCGCCGAGGGCACGCACCCGCUCCCUGCGGACCUCUUUCGCGCCAUGGAGGACUUCACGGGGCUCGCGGGGUCGGCGCGGCAAGCGGGCGAGAGCGGCGGACAUUUUGUCAUCUGA